AUGUACCAAAUUAGCAAAUCGAAGCGAGAAUUCUCCGACGAAACAAGGCCCAAUUCAUCACAACAAUCAGAGCAUCUCCAUAGCGAGCAAAAAAUCCUCAUCUAUCGCCGCGAGUGCUACAAGAAAAAUCGCCAGCCGAGCUUUAACAAGGCCAGUGCCGAGUACUGCGAUCUAUUUGGCUCUGAUAAGAAUGUAAGCAGACGAGAUACUGCGUUGAGCGAUAAUCUGGCCGUUUUUACUGAUAGAGAUAUUCGCCGCGCAUCCCUCUUCAAUCGCAUCAAAAUCGAGCGCCUUACGAAACGCGAAAAAAUCCUCAGUUUAUUUUGCUGUCUUCUUGUGGCUUCUCUUGGGUUUGUGAUUUUUUCCGUGUCGACGACCGGAUCAGCCUCAAAAUCAACCCGCUCUUCCGAAGAAACCUGCACAGAACGAGCCUGUAUUGAACUAAGCGCCUCCGUCCUUGGCGCGAUUGAUGACACCAUCGACCCCUGCGAUGACUUCUUCGAAUACGCAUGCGCCAAUUGGAUCAAAAAGAGUCCGAUGCCGAAUGGGAAACAGAGCUGGGGAACGUUGACGAAAAGAUCAGAGUUGACGAAUGCGGAUGUGAAGGUGAUGCUGGAAACGCCGCUGGAAAAGCAGCCUGAAGCACCUUAUGUCAAGGAAAUAUUGAAUAUGUACAGAGCGUGUCUAGACAUGGGCGAAAUCAAUUCCCGCGGCGCGCAGCCAGCUCAAGAUUUCAUAAAACAACAUUUCGGCGGCUGGUCAUGGACUUCUGAAAACACAAUGUCAGCUCAGCAACUCGUGCAAACUGCCCACUCACUUGGAUCACCAGCUAUUCUCGGCUUUGGCGUCGGAAUCGAUCUCGCCGACUCAAACAAGCAUAUUCUCUCCUUGGAGCAAGAUGGCCUGAGCUUUAUGACGCGCGAUUAUUACAUUUCCCGAAAUGGAACUGCUUUCGACAUCAUGGAAGAAAACACCCCACUGAACUUUUACUUCGAAUACAUGUCCGGCGUCAUAAGUCUCUUGAGCCCAGAAACGGAAGAAUCUUUCGUCCGGGAACGAGUGAUAAAAAUCUUGAAAUUCGAACAAGAGCUUGCCAAGAUCAUGAUGUCGCCUGAGGAGCAAAGAGACUACAACGCUAAUUAUGAAGAAAUCACGAUGACGGAUUUGAUUGAACUCACGAAAUUUGAGGGCUGGGAUUGGAUAGGCUUCUUUGCUACCUUUUUUGGCGAAAGGGAAGUGACGAAAAACGAACGAAUCGUCAUCUUUGCCAGGGAUUACCUGAAAAACGUCGGCGCAAUCGUAACCAAAACUCCAAUCGAAACUCUCAAAGAUUACGCUGCCUGGGUUUCCGUCAAGCCGCUGAUUUCAACUCUUUCCGAAGAUUUCCAGCAGCUGAGAUACAAACUGAUUCUCGAAGUCAACGGCGUCGAUUUCUCAUGCCAGGAGAGAUGGCGCGUUUGCACAGAUUUUGUUCAAGUGUAUGUCGAGAAUUUCUUCAAUAGGAAUAUCAAAACUCAAGUGGAAAAUUUUGCUGAAUCAAUAAAAUCCGAGUUCAUUGAAACCCUCUCCAGUCAGACAUGGAUGGACAUCGAUACUAAGGCUCGGGCAAAAGACAAGGCGAACAAGAUGAAGGACAAGUACGGGUUCCCUCCUUAUUUGCUCAACAAUACGAAGAUUAUUUCCGAGUACGAAGGUCUGGUGCUGGAAGAUGACGAUGAUUUCUGGGGAUAUACGUGGACGAUUAAUGAGUGGGCGAUUAAAAAUCAUAACAUGAAAUUGAGGAAACCUGUUGACAAGGAGCUUUGGUCAAUGUCGGUCCAAGAGACGAACGCAUACUACAGUCCGACAGAGAAUGCGAUGGUCUUUCCUGCUGGAAUUCUUCAACCGCCACUGUAUCACAUUGACUAUCCAAGUUAUUUCAACUAUGGCGCGAUCGGUAUGAUUAUUGGUCACGAAAUCACCCAUGGCUUCGAUGACCAAGGCCGCCACAUGGACGCAGACGGAAAUCGAAAGAACUGGUGGGGCGAAACUACUUCUCAAAACUUUGCAGAAAGCGCGGAGUGUAUGGUGAAUCAGUACGACAAGCAAACAUUCAUGGGGAUGAAUCUUUCCGGAAGAUUGACACUCGGAGAAAAUAUCGCGGAUAAUGGUGGCGUCAAAAUUGCUUUCAACGCUUGGAAACGACAAGCAAAGGAGGAGAAAAGACUGCCGGGAAUGGAGAAGUAUUCGUCGGAGCAGAUGUUUUUUGUUGCGACAGCUCAUGCCUGGUGCUCGGAAUCGCUUGAAAAAGCGGCCCAAAAUCAAAUGAGAAUGGACGCACACCCUCCCAACAAAAUAAGAGUUAAUCAAGCCUUCCGGAAUUUUGAACCCUUCUCGGAAAUUUGGCAAUGUCCUGUUGGCUCUCCUAUGAACCCAAACGAUCGCUGCCACAUUUGGUAA